AUGAGUGACGAUUCAGGUGUCUUGUUUGUGGGCUCUCGCCCCCGAAAGAUCAAGGGAUUGGAGGUUCAACUGACGCCCGACUCCACCUUCCAGAGAACUCAUCGCGAGAUAUCCGAAGUUUCUUCAGGACGUCCAUCCGGAGAACCAUCCUCAUCAUCCCUUUCCGCAACACCGGGGCCUUCGUUGCCACCGCUUCGGCGGUACCCCGGGGACGGCCUCGAUCUCCGCCGACCGGCCACAACCCAGCCGUCUGAAGAUGUGAUAGACCUGACCGAUGAGCCCGAUACACCCUAUCAAAAUACGUCCUUGCAAGAGUCCCGUACAACAAACGAAGCUUCUCGGCCGCGUCCUCCCCGGUUUCCCAGGGACAUCCUCACGGAAGUGGUUGAUCUAGAGGAGGAGGUGGACGAUAAUGACCAGCAACAACCCCCCAGCAGCCCCGAAGUCGAGUUCAUCGGAGCCACCGUGAGGCGGCCACAGUUGCCGCCGCCGCCACAACCACCACCUCCGCCUCCGCCGCGCAGCAAUGAAGGUUUCUAUAUGCCCAGCUUGUGGCAGCAGAUGCUACAGUUUCGAUCCCCGAGACCACCUGUACGGGUUGGAGACCAUGGCAGACCGGACCUAGCGUUUCGAGGAUUUCGGAGACAUCCUCCUAUAAGUGAUGUGGAGUCAUUCUGGAUCGGAGAUGGCCCGGCGGGCGCCAUAGAUCUAACGAUCAACUUGGAUGUGGAUGGCCCGUUAGGAUUAGACUAUCAACUCACGGGCCUGACACGACAAAGGACGCCUGCAAACGCCUACAAACCUCCAAGUCCGCCACCGGAGGGGUUCACCCGAAAUGUUGCCGAGGACGAUGUGGUUGUAUGCCCGAAUUGUGAUAUGGAACUGGGUACUGGUGACGAAACCAAACAGCAGAUAUGGGUGGUCAAGCAAUGUGGACAUGUACGUGAUUUCCGAGUUGACGACGUUCGUUACCAACUUCUAACCUUGACCGUAGGUAUAUUGUGGCGACUGUGCCUCGAACCGAUCGUUGUCGAAGGCGAAAAAGAACGCUUCUAA